ACAAAUAUAGUUUUACCUUCACAAUUUUUAGAGUUUGACAAUUCAGAAACACUCUUAUAUAUUGCUAGCAUUAUUUCAAAUAGCACAAUAACUGAUAAUAUAAUCUCAUUUCAACAAUACAAUACUCAAGAAAUUCAAAAUUUAAUUUCUCAAUUACUUUAUGAAGAUGUCAUUAAUAUAAAUAACUAUAUUGAGAUUGAUGACUCACUUGAAAUUGAAAAUAUUAAUAUAACAAAUAGAAAUAUUAUAAAUUAA